AUGACUGUCUCAUCCGGCCCCCAACACGGCGCCGGCCACCCGGCCGUGCCCGCCGCUGUAGACGAUACGACGACGGCGGACUUGACGAGUCCUCGACAACCAGCAAAGGAGGAGGAGGAGGAGGAGGAGGAAGACGCAGCCGCCUACGAGUCGCGCCAUGUCCAUACCGUCUACGAGGCCAUCGCCCCGCACUUCUCCUCCACCCGCUACAAGCCGUGGCCUCUCGUUGCCUCCUUCCUGCUCUCGCUGACCCCUGGCUCCGUCGGCCUUGACGCUGGCUGCGGCAACGGCAAGUACAUCGGCGUCAAUCCGGCCCUCUACAUCGUCGCCUCGGACCGGAGCGCCAACCUGGUUUCGCUGGCUCGCAGCUACCAGCCGCCGCACUUUGACGCCGAAGUUUCUGCCGCCGCCGCCGUCUCCAAGAAGAAGAACAAGAAGAGCAAGGGCGUCGCCGCGACAUCCGGGCCUGCGGCGGACGCGGCACAGACACCACCACUACCACCCCCGCCGCCUCCGGCCCGGGCUCCGAACAACCAGGUUUUGGUAGCCGACUCCCUGGCUCUGCCGUACCGGGCCUCGGCUUUCGAUUUUGCCAUUUCCAUCGCCGUCAUCCACCACAUGUCGACGCGCCAACGCCGCCGGGCCGCCGUCGCCGCCCUGCUCGACGCCGUCCGCCCCGGCACCGGAAAGGUCCUCGUGAUGGUCUGGGCGCUGGAGCAGGGCAGCAGCCGCCGCGGCUGGGACGCCGGCGCCGCGCAGGACCAGCUCGUGUCAUGGGUCACCAAGGGCAAGAAGGAGCAGGACCGGCCGGCCCAGGACGAGACAUUCCAGAGGUACUAUCAUCUCUACCGCGAGGGAGAGCUCGAGGAGGACGUGGUUGAGGUGGGAGGCAGGGUCCUCGAGCGUGGCUACGAGAGGGACAACUGGUGGGCCGUCUUUUGCCGGGACGCUUGA